CUACGAUGAUACGUCUACUUCUACUACGGCGAUUGAUAUCACCAUCAAGCGUAAUUGGGCUGAAAAAUGGGUCGACUAUGUUGAUUCCUCUAAGUGGCUGUCAGUAUUCUUUUGUGAAGCGCAAACCAUAAAACCGGCUAUUCCCAAUAAGGAGGAAAGCAGAGGUCUCAAGGGAUUCUGGAAAGAGUUUGUUUGGUUCAUAAGUGCGGUCAUCCGAGGCAUGGCUCAGCUGACUUGGAACGACAACAUAUGGACGGGCCUUGGUAUCUUGGCGGGUGCCUGUGUUGGUAACUGGUGCGUUGGUAUAUGUGCAUUUAUUGGAUGUUGUUAUACAACCGGUUUUCCUCUACUAUUCGGACCACCUGAGUUGAAGCCUCUGGUGGGCUCCGGAAUAUACGGUUUGAAUGGUACCCUUCUAGGCAUGGCUAUGGGCUGUUUCGAUGCCAGGGCGUCUCAAGCGAGAGCAUUUGACGAUGUGAUGCGAAGUUGCUGUCGACUUUUUCUGCCACUUAGUUUUAUGGCGGUUUUCUGCGCUGUUGUUACUCAGUGGUUGAAUACCAAAUGGACCGCCAAAACUGGUAUUCCAGCAUGCUCCUGGCCGUACAACAUUUCCAUGUGGACCUGGAUCGCAUGCGCAACUCUUACUACUAACUUCCAAACUAUUUAUACAGCUAACCCAGUGUCGGCACCGCAAUAUGGACAAGUCACGGCUGAGUGGUUUUUCCGCAGCUGGAUGACGGGAAUUUCUCAAAUGAUGUUCAGUUUGAACAUGUGGUCUGGUUUUUGUCUGUUGGUGGGCGCAUUCAUUGGCUCUCCUUCGUCGUGUUUCCUCACCAUAUGGGGUUCCCUUAUAGGAGUUGUUACUGGAGUGCUCCUAGGGAUGCCCUUCAACUCGAUAAUUGGGCUUGGAGUGAUUGGUUUCAAUCCGAUCAUUUACGCGACGGGAAUGGGCGGCCAAUUUGUGGCGCCAAGUUUGGUUGGCUUCAUCUGGAUGACCUUCGGUUGUGUAUUGUGCGGAAUUCUCGCGCAGUUGGCGACUAAUCUUGCUGUUCUCCCAUGGGGAGGCGGAUCGUAUUCGGUGCCAUUUACAAUGAUGGUGACGUUUAUGUUUGGUCUGUUCCAGGAGGAUGUGGUGGCUAGG